CGCUCCCGGCCCGCGGGGCUGCUCGGGGCAGGUGGCUGCCUUGGGGCGAGCUCCGAAGGGUUAAAGAGCUGGGAAGGUGAUAACUGCGCUGGGAUCGGGCGCAACUGGCAUUUGCCUGCACAUGACCUGCCAAGCUCCGGGUGACAGGUACCGGAGCUCCUAAUGAGUUUCCCAAAGGCUUGGAUCUGAACGCCGCCGUCGCCGCUCUCCUCGGAGCCGCGGCUGUCCAUUACAGCUGCCGCCGGCUGCACAGCUCUUCUCCAUCCUGCCCAAGGUCUCGGAUGGAAGCAGAGUGCAACAGCAUGGCCCUCGAGAGGCUCGGGGAAGCGCUCCGCGGCAUUCCCCCGUUGCAAAGCUCCCUCCUGCUCCUCCUCUGCCUGCUCGCCGCCAUCCACCUGGGCAAACUCGUCCUGCAGCACCAGCAGCGCCGGCGGCAGGGCCAGCGCCGGGAGCCGCCGGGCCCUUUCCCCUGGCCCCUGAUCGGCAACGCUGCGCAGCUGGGCAGCGCCCCGCAUCUCUCCUUCGCCCGGCUGGCCAGCACCUACGGCGCCGUGUUCCAGCUGCGCCUGGGGCGCUGGCCCGUGGUGGUGCUGAACGGGGAGCGCGCCAUGGGGGCCGCCUUCGCCGGCCGCCCGCCCUUCCCGUCCUUCCAGCUGGUGUCGGGCGGGCUCAGCCUGGCCUUCGGCGGGUACUCGGAGCUCUGGAAGCUGCACCGGCGGGCGGCGCACGCCACGGUGCGCGCCUUCUCCACGGGCAGCCCCGCCACCCGCCGCCUGCUGGAGCGGCACCUGGUGGGCGAGGCGCGGGCGCUGGUGGCGCUGCUGGUGCGCGGCAGCGCCGGCGGCGCCUUCCUCGACCCCACGCGCGUCCUGGUGGUGGCCGUGGCCAACGUGAUGAGCGCCCUGUGCUUCGGCCGCCGCUACAGCCACGGCGACGGCGAGUUCCUGCGCAUCGUGGGGCGCAACGAGCAGUUCGGGCGGGCGGUGGGCGCCGGCAGCCUGGUGGAUGCGCUGCCCUGGCUCCAGCGCUUCCCCAGCCCCAUCCGCGCCGCCUACCGCGCCUUCCGCGACCUCAACCGCGACUUCUACGGCUUCGUCCGCGGCAAGUUCCUGCAGCACCAGCGCAGCCUGCGCCCCGGGGCUGCCCCCCGCGACAUGAUGGACGCAUUCAUCCGCCUGCAGCGGGAGCAGCCGCGGCUGCAGCUGGAGCACCGGGAGCAGCCGCGGCUGCAGCUGGAGCACGUGCCCGCCACCGUCACAGACAUCUUCGGCGCCAGCCAGGACACCCUCUCCACCGCCCUGCAGUGGCUCCUCAUCUUCCUCAUCAGGUAUCCGAAAGUGCAGGCUAAAAUGCAGGAAGAAGUGGAUAGGAUUGUUGGAAGAGACCGUCUGCCGUGCGCUGAAGAUCAACCUCACCUGCCCUACAUCAUGGCUUUCCUGUAUGAAUCCAUGCGUUUCAGCAGCUUUGUGCCUGUGACCAUCCCACACGCCACCACAACCAACACCUUCAUCAUGGGCUACCUCAUUCCCAAGGACACUGUCAUCUUUGUAAAUCAGUGGUCAGUGAAUCAUGACCCAGCAAAAUGGUCCAACCCGGAGGAUUUUGAUCCAACAAGAUUCCUGGAUGAGAAUGGGUUCAUCAAUAAAGAUCUUACUAGCAGCGUGAUGAUUUUCUCGCUGGGAAAGCGUCGCUGUAUUGGAGAGGAGUUAUCCAAGGUGCAGCUCUUUCUCUUUACCUCCAUAUUGGUGCAUCAGUGCAAUUUUACUGCUAAUCCAAACGAGGACCCUAAAAUGGACUUUACCUAUGGGUUGACCAUUAAACCUAAGCCGUUCACCUUGAAUGUUACACUUAGGGAUACGAUGGAUUUGCUCGAUCAGGCUGUCCAAAGACUGCAAGCAGAGAAAGCAGCCAGUGAAAGUCAGAUGUCAGCAAAUGCCUAAGCAAUAAACCUUGCAUCUACAGAUAAUCCCCCUCUCUCUUUUUAGACUUCUGUCACUCAUAGAUUAUUCUGGAGAUAUUUUUGGUAUAUAGCCAAUAUUACAUGUUAUAAAAGCAUGAAGAAAAGUUGCACAAGGUAUAAUCCAGUCAUCUUUUUAAUUCUAGAAGCAGAGCCAGGGGAACAAUAUAUUAAAUGAUAAAACAUAUGCAAUUUGAAAGUAAGCCUUUUCUUUUCUAGCUUGUUCACAGAAGUUGUCAUUGAAAGUGCUUUUUAUCUACUGACUGGUUGGAGCAUCUCCAGGCACUGUCUCUAUAAUCCUUUCCAUGUCUCCACGCACUAUGCCUUAACUCUAAGUUUGCCUUCAGUGACUCCACAUUCAGAAGUGAAAUCUCUUGUUAAAAAACAAAAGCAGCUGCUCAGAACACUGCAGCCUGCUUCUGAAUUUACUCUGCUGGAAACUGCCACAAGGUGAUGGCAGCUCUGGUGUUGUGGCUGCUGGGAUGUAAGUUAAUGUCU